CGCAGAUGAAAUACGUUUAUUCGAACGAAAAUAAUCGGAGGCUGUGUCUUUCUUUCGUCUACUCUGGAGGAACUAACUCACUCUGACCAAGCCACUUUCAUCAGCUCAACAAGUCCAUCAAUGGCGGAACCUGGUUCCGAUGAUGAUACGUCUCAGAACAACAUAGUGUUCGUGGACACCAGCCUCGAUACUCACUUGGCCUUGAUGGUCUCGGAUUGCGACACUGUUUCCGAUCUCAAAAAGAAAAUUAUAUAUGAACACCCACUGUGCUUCCCUAACAUUGGGCUGAUACAAAUUCAUGCUUUAAAGGUUAAGCGCAAAGGAUACUUUUAUCACUUAUCAGAUUCCAUGUUUGUAAAAAGUGCUUUUGAUGGGGUCAAGAAGAAUUGGUUUCUUGGUGUUGAUGCUUCUCGUUCGGCGGAGCAUGGUGAAAAUCAAUAUUCCCUUGUUCCUGCCAUUGAAAACAAUCUAUUACGCUGUUUUGGCAUCAAGAAUGGUACUUCUUUUGAUAGGAUUGAUCUUCCUCAUGAUGGUCCACUGAAAAGGCAAUCCAAUUAUGAUGAUUCAUCACUGCCGCUAGUUGAGAGCAACCAUAAUGCGAAAGAGAAUGUUCCUAUUGCUGACCGGUAUGGUUCCAGUGAAUCUAGUAGAGGAGUUUUAAAAGAAAAGGAUGCUUCAUUUACUGGAGUUGACAAAGAUGCAUCACAGCAGGAUAUUAUAAUUCCAGAAAAGUCCUUAGUUGAUGCAGGUAGAGAAGUUUCAUGUGAUAUGAGGAUGGGAAUAAAAGACAUUGCUGAUGAACCUUGCAGGAGUUCGUCUUCCAACACAAGUAGGAGGUUGGUUUCUAAAAUAAAGAAGACUGACUAUCUGAGCAAGGAGACUGAAGUUACAGAAAAACAUGGAAAUUGCAUGACUGGAAAUUUCAAUAAUGAUGUUGAUUUGAAAUGCAAGAAGUCUUUGGAGGAAGCUUCACAAGUGAGACUUCAUGGAAAGAGAAAGCGUAAGAUUGAAAAGAAAGACGAAGAUGAAGAUUCGUCGGAAGGAAAGACAGCUUUGACUUGCAAUUCUAAUAAAAAAAACUCCAAGGCAGUGGGUACAUCUCAGCACUCCAUGGGGGACAAACUGAAGACCAAUGCCACCUUAGACACUAUAUUUACUGAACCAGUUGAGGAUGUCCAUUUGUUGGAAACUGGUUCAAGAAGUGGGAAGAGCAAGAAAAGGCGAAAGAAAUCUUCAAAUUCUAUUAAUCAUGUGCUGGGUGAAGUUCCUUCUGCUGGGAAAGAUGCUGGAGAAAAUUCUAGUGCUACUGUGGUAAUUAAACACAAGGUUUUAGGUGAAGAACCUGGUGCAACAUCAGUUCCUAGACAAGGUGUCCAGGAGGCUGCAACUUCUGAACUUUGUGGAAUCUCUAUAAUGGAAAAGCAGGUUGAUCCAGUCCAUAAAGUGGAAGAAAUUAAUAAAUUACCCCUUUCAUUAGUGCACAAACAGAAGGCAAAUGCCACCGUUGAAUGUUUAGCUUCUGAACCUUUCGAGAAUGUACAUUUGGUAGGAGGAAGUGACUCAGGCAGUGGGAAAAAGAAAAGGAAAAAGAAAUCUUCAAAUUCGUCUACUCAAGUAGAUGCUGCUGUUCCAUCUUGUGAGAAAGUUGUUGGGGAAGAAAGUUCUAGGGUCGCUGUGGGAAUUAAUCUGGAGGAUUCAAGUAAUGAACCACAUUUAGAUGGAGACAUUGUUCAGGAUGCAAUGACUUCUGAACGCUGUGGGCUCUCUCUGAAGGAAAAGCAGUGUGAUCCCUUCCCUGAAAUUGGGGAUCAUGAUAAAGUGCCAGAUAUCAACACGUGUGACACUAGUGCUGGGAAUGUCAAUAGCAACGACGAUGCAUCUGAUGAAGAAACAGCAGUUGGAGUUGGAAAAAUGAAAAAUUCAAAGGAUAGUUGUAUUUUUGAGUUGAAAGGAUUCAAAGGGCCUAGUAGUCUCCGAAAUGACAUUGAGCUUUCCAGGCCCGAGAAUGGUGUCCCUAAUGAUGAGGAUGAUUGUGAAACUGGUUUGACUAAUAGAGUUUAUGUGGAAAGAGAAUCAUCACAUAAUAGAGUCUCAAAAGGAAUACUGUCAAAAAAGUUCAAACCACCCAGUCAGAAUGAAACAGAUACAAAUGCUAAAGAAGUGAUUGCCACUUCUGAAUCGUUAAAUGGGACUGGAAUCCUAAAGGAUAGGAAAUCAGUUAAGAAAGGAAGGAAGAAGAGGAAAAUUGAGGAUUCAAUUGAAGGGACACUAAUGAAAUCUCAUCUUGAGCAUGCUAAAUGUUCUGAACAUGACAUAUCUUCAACUGAGCCUCAUAAAACUAUAAAUGGUGAUGAUUACAGUUGCAAAGAUAAGCAAGAAGAAAGGGAUUUUUCUCCAGUAAAGGGGAAAGAAGUAUCAAAAUCAAAAACAGUUAGUACUUGUGUUCUGGGUGCCGGUUGGGAAACUCGUGAGGUCAAUGGAGAUGUGGUGGAGUCCUUGCAGCAUAUCAGCAAAGCCCAAGCAAAUUCAGAGAGUACGGAUGACAAAAUGAGAAAGAAAUUAUCAAAAACAAAAACAGUAAAGGCUUCUCUUUUUUCUACAGGAAGGGAAACCUGUAAUGCCCUGGAAGAUGAGGUAGAUUCCUUCCAGAAAAUUGGCAAAACUCAAGCAAAUGCAGAGAAUGUGGAUGAGAAAAGGAAAUUUAAGAAGAAAAAGAAUUCUGCUGCUCAAGACACUGGUCAUCACAGUUCAACGCCUUUAGCUGAUAAUCAAAGGAAGGCAGAAGCUUCUUCUAAAAUGAGAAAUGAGAAUCAAGGAAGUGUAGGAAAAUUGCUUGCCAGCAACACUAUCACCAUGCAAUUACAAGGAUCAGUAUCAAAGGAUGAAUGUGCAAAGCACAUGCUUCACCUUGGAAAGAACCAGAUUUUAAAAAUUUCCAGAAGCGAAGAUUCAGUUGGAGGAAAACCGAAUAAAUCAGGUGUAGAGCAUGUCAAAAGUUCUGAACAUGACAUAUUUGCAUCACACUUUUGUGAAACUGUAAUUGGUGACCAUUCCAGUGUGAAUGCUAAAAAAGAAGGCAAUUUUUCUCUAACAAAGGGAAAGGCAUCAAAAGCAAAAACAUUAAUUACUUCCCUUUUUGGUGCUGGUCAGGAAACCAGUGAUGUCAAUGUAGAUGGGGUGGAGUCCUCGCUGCAUAACAGUGAAACUCAGGCAGAUGCAGAGAAUGGUAAUGAAAAAAUGAGAAAGAAAUCUAAGAAGAAACUAAAUUCUGCUACAAAGAGCCUUCCAGUUCGAGAAGAUGGUCAUAGGGAUUCAAUACCUUCAACUAAUAAUCAAAGUGAGGUGGAGGCGUCAACUAAAAUGAAAAACGAGAAGGAAGGGAAUGGAGGUAAAUCAGAAGCUGCCAAAUCUAGCACCACCACCCAACUGCUAGGAUCACUGUCAAAGGAUGAAAGAGCAGAGCACAUGCUUCAACCUGAAAAUAAGCUUCUAAAAGUUUCUAUGAGAAGUGGGACAAUAGCUCCACUAAUCGGUAAGUCUGAUAAGCUCACUUCACUUCCUGAAGAUGCAAGAAGGCUCAGUAUUGCCGAUGCUGUGCUGACCAGCAUUAAUUCAGAGAAGAAAAGUGAAGCUUUUGCUGUGUCAAAGUCUAACUUGGGGAAUUCUAAGAAGACAGUUGAUCAAAACAAAUUAGGUAACAAGAGUCAAUCAGGCGUUGGCCAGGCUGUUAGAAAAGCUUCUCUUAACGAUGCCGGGGAAGUUGUAAAUAGAUCAGAACAUGACAAGAGCUUGUUAGCCAAAUCAGGAAGAAUUUUCAACGAUUAUUCUAGUGGGAGUUCUGAAGAUGGAGGAGUCAGAAAUUCGGAUUCCAGCACCAGAACUCCGUCAGCUAAUUCAUUUUCAUCUGACUAUUCUGAUGGAGAAAGCAAUGCAAAUCUGAACUCACCGCAGCAUGGAUCUUAUGACUCAAAAAGAAAGAACAGUGGUGGAAGAAGCAUCAGAAAAGCAAAAAGCUCUUCAAGGGCCAAGAGUUUGACCUUAGAUACAAUCCUCAGAAGUUCGAGCAGAUACAAGAAAGCUAAGCAAACAGCCGUUCAAUCAGAGCUUGAGGACACCGAAAGUCAGCCUGUUGAUUAUGUUCCAGACAGUCUGGUUGAUAUCUAGUUGGUCUGUUGCUUGGAUUUUAUUGUUGUCAGUCUCUUGGAGCACAAAAUGUUUUGGUUAUUUUUCACUGCCGGCUAUGCAGGCCAAGAAAGGAGAAACAACCACUCACAGUUUGGUUGAAACAGAUCUGCUGGUUAUAUAAUUACAUCGUCUUCUAGUUUUACCCCAAAA